GACCGGAAGGAGUCGCGAGGACUUCCGGCGGCCGGAGGCACUGUGGUUGCCUCGGUGAUGUCGUGGGUUCAAGCUGCUUCUUUGGUCCAGGGCCGUGGAGAGGAGGGAGACGUGUUUGAUGAGGAAGCGGACGAGUCGCUCCUGGUGCAGCGGGAAUGGCGGAGCCACAUGCAGAGACGAGUCAAGGAAGGUUAUAGAGAUGGAAUAGAUGCUGGCAAAGCACUUACUCUUCAACAAGGCUUCAAUCAAGGUUAUAAGGAAGGUGCAGAAGUCAUUAUAAACUAUGGACAACUCAGAGGAACAUUGAGUGCUUUGCUCUCCUGGUGUCACCUUCAUGAUAAUAGUUCGGCUUUGAUCAGUAAAAUAAAUAAUCUUCUGGAUGCGGUUGGCCAAUGUGAAGAGUAUGUGCUCAAACAUCUGAAAUCAAUCACUCCACAGCCCCAUGUUGUAGAUUUAUUGGACUCCUUUCAGGAUAUGGACCUUUGUCAUGUAGUUCCAGCUGAGAAAAAGAUUGAUGAAGCUAAAGAUGAAAGACUCUGUGAAAAUAAUGCUGAGGUUAACAAAAACUGUAGCAGGAGUCUUAAUGGGGUAGAUUGUUCGUCUUUAGAAUCUUGUAGAACACAAGAGCAUGCACAUUCUGAAAACCCAAGCCUCACUUGGAUUUUAGAACAGACAGCCAGUUUAGUAAAACAGCUGGGAGUAUCAGUAGACGUAUUACAGCACCUCAAACAACUAUAAAAAUUAUCUUCACUUUUCUAAUGAAAAUAAUGUUCAGAGCAUUUCUUAGAGCAUUUUGUUUCUUACCCAGCUAACCAAAAUUUGUACUGGUUUCUAUAUUGAACACUUCACUUGUAGGGUUAUCCUUCAUGAAAGUUUGAAAUGUCUUUAAAAUUAACACUAUUAAAUGUAAUAUAAGCUUUUUUCUUUGUCACUGGUAAUUUUUAUGUAGUUUAAAAUAUGCUCAGAAGUUCCAGUUGUCAUUGUCAUUUUCAAAUUUCUGAUCAAAGUCAGGUGUUUUCAGAUGCAUUAGCAAAAGUGAACAAGAAUCAAAAGAUAUUUUGUAAGGACGUAACCCUACUUUCUGCUCUUGUCACCAUCAGGUGGUUAGGGCCUCAUCACCAGCCAGUCAGACCAGUUACCAAAAAUAACCUAAUGACUAACACUGUAAAUAGAUAGACACACAUAGGUAUAUAUAGAUAUGGAGAUAUGUAUAUUGAAAUUAAGAGGCUAUAAUGUAAGAAACUGAAAUGCUUAUAAUACUGAUGAUUAAAAACAAAAUACUAAAAU